GCUGUCAGUGGUUGGAUGAGGCGCAGAGUCGGAACAUAGGCUACACAAGUUGUGGUGGAGGGAGUGAGUGCAUGCUUAAAUACUGUAUAACAGGCUACAUGACCAAAGGCCAUGCCAAGUAAAGGUGGAGCAGCGACUGCGUGGCAAGAUUCUUAUCGAUUGUUUUUGGAAUCUACGCAUUGUUAUGCUUAACAUUCGGGAACGAACGUCAAGAUUCUGAAAAAAUGCUAUUUGAGAGAAAACCUGCCGUUUCUCAUUCUCGUGUGCAUAUGAGAAAAUCGUCGUGGAGUUCAUGUGUCUUAUUCGACGAAGUGGCAAUGUUUAGAGCUUGCGGAGGGGCAGCCCUUUGGAGUCUGGCUUUAUAUUUACUGUAAUAGUUAGUCCGAUGUAAAGCAUAGGUUGAACGAGAAAAUAGACAGAGACCGUGCGUCAGACACGUGCUGAAUGUAGCCUACACAGGGGCCGGUUACCCUCUGGAUUUAUUUUCUCGCUGUAAUACAAAGUAGCGGCUCCAAAGGAUGCAGGUGAAAAAACAGAGGGGCUCGGACAGGAGCACUGGAGAGGGUACCCGUAAAAAGUCAUCAUGCUUCUCAAACAUCAAGAUAUUUUUGAUAUCGGAAUGUGCCCUGAUGUUGGCACAGGGCACUGUUGGAGCCUACCUGGUGAGUGUCCUGACCACCCUGGAGCGACGAUUCAACCUCCAAAGUGCCGAUGUGGGUGUGAUCGCCAGCAGCUUUGAGAUUGGCAAUCUAGCUCUUAUCCUAUUCGUCAGCUACUUCGGGGCCAAAGCAAACCGACCAAGGUUGAUUGGCUGUGGGGGUAUCGUCAUGGCGCUAGGAGCUCUUCUGUCAGCACUGCCAGAGUUUCUAACCAAACAAUACGAGCACAAGCCAGGGCAGACAUGGAGGACUGAGGUGGGCAGGAAUGGGUGUGCCAACAGUACCAGGAAUGGUGGGCAAUAUAUAGAGGAGUUGUGUUCCAACAAGGCAAACACCAACAUGAUGUACCUGCUGCUGAUUGGGGCCCAGAUGCUGCUGGGGAUUGGAGCCACCCCAGUUCAGCCCCUGGGUGUGUCCUACAUAGAUGACCAUGUGAAGAGGAAAGACUCCUCUCUGUAUAUAGGGAUCGUCUUCUCUACUUUGGUGUUUGGGCCUGCCUGUGGUUUCCUCCUGGGGUCCCUCUGCACCAAGUUCUAUGUGGACUUCCUCUUCAUCGACACCAGUAAACUGGACAUCACUUCUGAUGACCCUCGGUGGAUCGGAGCCUGGUGGGGAGGCUUCCUCCUGUGUGGUGCCUUGCUCUUUUUCUCAUCCCUCUUCAUGUUUGGCUUCCCCCAAACCCUGUCAGACCGAGAGAAGGACAGGGACGGUGGAGGGGAGAGUGAACAGGCCAUGCUCCCCUCUACCUCUCUACCCCUGGACUAUAAUGAGAUGCCCAAGUCAAGCAAUGGGGUCGUACACAAUAACCAUGAGCCUGUCAACGGCCCCACCUGCUUUCAGCAGCUCAGAGUGAUCCCUAAAGUGACCAAGCACCUCCUGUCCAACCCAGUGUAUACCUGCAUCACGCUGGCUGCCUGUAUGGAGAUUGGUGUAGUGGCUGGCUUCGCUGCCUUCCUGGGGAAGUACCUGGAGCAGCAGUUUAACCUCACAACCUCUUCAGCCAAUCAACUACUAGGUAUGACGGCCAUCCCCUGUGCUUGUCUGGGGAUAUUCCUGGGGGGGCUUCUGGUCAAGAAGCUGAACCUCUCAGCCCUGGGGGCCAUUCGCAUGGCCAUGCUGGUCAACCUGAUCUCCACCGCCUGCUACGUCUCCUUCCUCUUCCUUGGCUGUGACACAGGACCUGUCGCUGGGGUGACCGUCCCCUAUGGCAACGAGACACUGCGGGUGGGCGAGAAACCAGAGGUCCCCUGCAUGAGUAACUGUAACUGCUACACCUCCUCAGUCAGCCCAGUGUGCGGCUCCAACGGAGUCACCUACCUGUCCUCCUGCUUUGCAGGCUGCACUACAACAGUGAGCACAGGCAUCUACCCCCCUCUGGCUCAGAAUUUGACAGGGUGUACAUGUAUAUCCGGUGACAGUGAAAUGGCCACAGCUGUCCCAGGGAAGUGUCCCAGUCCAGGCUGCCAGGAGGCCUUCCUCACCUUCCUCUGUGUCAUCUGUGCCUGCUGUAUGAUCGGCUCCAUGGCUCAGACACCCUCCGUCAUCAUCCUCAUCAGGACUGUGAGCCCUGAGCUGAAAUCAUAUGCUCUUGGAGUUUUGUUUCUCUUGCUGCGACUACUUGGAUUCAUCCCCCCUCCUCUGAUCUUUGGUGCUGGGAUUGACUCAACUUGCCUUUUCUGGAGUACAGAGUGUGGGGAUAAGGGAGCCUGCCUGCUGUACGACAAUAUCGCCUACAGACAUCUGUACGUGAGCCUAGCCAUCGGUCUUAAGGUCACCGCCUUCAUUCUGUACACCACCACCUGGUACUGUUUACGCAAGAACUAUAAGAAAUACAUCAAAAAUCAUGAGGGCUAUACAACGCCAACCGAACUGUUCCCCUCCAGUCUCACAAUGGACAACAUGAAGGAUGAGAGUCAGAACCCAAACAAGACAACGUUUAUAUACAACCUAGAGGACCAUGAGUUGUGCGAAAACAUGGAGUCGGUUUUAUAGGUUCUGAACCAUCCAAAGGACUAUCUGCUACAUUAAUUAUUAAAUAAGUUCAUAAAUGAU